GUUUAGGCAGUUAAACGACGUUGUUCUGUUCCCAAUCCCAGAGCAAAGCAAACUAUGAGCAAAAUUUCCCCGCCCUACUACUUCCUUUCCCCAACUCCAAGUCUCCACUGAUUUAAAAUUCUUCAAAUCUUCAAACACUUUCUCUCAUUUUCUCGGGAAAAUUCUGCAACCUUCUUGUAAGCUUUCUCUCCCGCCUUUCCAAUGAACGACCACAGCGUUAUUGAAACAAACAAUGCACAAGAACAAGGGGAACAUGAAGUAGAAGAUCCGGAGCUGCGUAGGCUUCUUGUACCGAACCCAGAAGACCUUCCUCUCACUCCUCCCUCUUCCGUUGAAGCCAACUUCGUCUCUUAUUUCGCUCCAGAUUUUAUGAAGCCAGGACACGACCAAUACAUUUAUCGCCACGCCAAUGGGUUGUGUGUGAUUGGAUUGGCUCCAACCCAUGUGGCAUUUAAGGACGAAGGGGGAAUCACUGCCAUUGAUUUCAAUGUUGGGAAAUCUGAUCGCAGUGGGAUUAAGGUUACUGGAAAGCGCAAGAAGAAUGCACAACACUUGGAGUCAAACUCAGCCUUGUGUAAAGUUUGCAGCAAGGAUGCUACUUAUAUUGUGAGGUGUUGUGUAAAAGGAUCACUUUUGGAAGUGAAUGAUAGAUUAAUCAAGCAGCCAGAAUUGCUUAAUUCAGCAGCAGAUAGAGAAGGAUAUAUUGCCAUUAUCAUGCCAAAACCAGCAGAUUGGCUCAAAGUCAAAGAUUCACUUUUGGGUCUUGAAGAGUACAAAAAACUGAGGGAAGUUUGAUGAUGAGUUUGCAAAUUGUGCUCUUUCAUCACUGACCCUGGAUGAAGAAGAGAAAACAUUGCUGUCUCAUCAUGGUGCAUAUGAGAUUGCUCAUCAUUUGUUCCUUGCCAGAUUACUCACGGGUGGCAAAGCUUCAUGUGGUAAUGCUUUUGACAGUUACAAAUCCUAGAAAAUGGUACAUUUUAUUCCCCUGUUUCUGUAUCAUGUAAACCGAUUUAUUUAACUUAUUCAGAAAAUAAAAUGGUUGAAUAAAGAAAAAUGCA